CUUCUCCUCCGCCUCCCCUUUCCCUCACGCCCUCCCUCUCGACCCUUCUCCCUCCACACUCAUCAUUCGGCACAUCUCUUUUUCGGAACAACUACUGUUGGGUUAAGAGUUCUCUUCCUCUAGCUGCUUCAUCGGAAACUUACCAAUCAUGAGUAGAACCAAUGGAAUUGUGUGCUUCACGGGGUGGCUCUUAACUUUCGUCUCAGUUUGUUGUUGUGGCCGAAUUCCAGAUGAGCAGCGCCUUUACAGAGAUUUGAUGACGGGUUAUGAAAAAUCUGUUCGUCCCGUCAUAAAUGCAUCCACUAUAUUGUUAGUUCGCUUUGGUUUAAGGUUAAACCAAAUUGUUGACCUGGAUGAACGACAUCAGGUUUUGACAACUAACGUAUUUAUUGACCAGGAAUGGUCAGAUGAGAACUUAUAUUGGGAGCCCGGGAAAUACAAUAGCGUGCGAUCUCUACGUGUCCCAGCAAAAAAUGUUUGGCUACCGGACACAUUUAUCUACAACAAUGCAGAUGAUGGCUCAACCGGCUUUAUGCAAGGCACAUAUGUGUUGGUCAACUAUAAUGGCAGUGUUCUCUGGCCAGUACCGGUCAAAUUAAAAAGUUCCUGUAAAGUUGAUAUUACAUAUUUUCCGUUUGAUGACCAACAAUGCAUUUUACGAUUCGGUUCCUGGAUUUACAGCGGUUUAUGGAUCGAUUAUAUAACAAUGAUGGAGGGUAACCCGGUCGAUUUGACCACUUACGUCAAUAACAGUGAAUGGGAUUUACUGGACAUCAGACUGGACAAGAACAUACGCACCCACUCCUGCUGUCCUGAUCCUCACCCAGAUAUGACAUACACUCUAUACAUUCGUCGCCGAACUUUCUACUAUAUAUUUAAUAUUAUAAUUCCCUGUGUGAUGUUAUCGGCAUUGACGCUGCUAACAUUUUGGCUUCCACCAACGUCAGGGGAAAAGAUCACCCUUGGUCUCUCAGUAUUUUUAGCUUUUUCGAUGUUCAUGCUUCUUAUUGCUGAACAAGUUCCAGCAACAUCCGAGUCUGUUCCGCUUAUUGGUAUAUAUCUGUGUCUUGUCAUGACUAUGACCUCUGUAUCAGUUAUAAUGGCAGUCAUGGUCAUUAAUCUGUAUAAUCGAGGAAUGAAAACUAGACGAGCCCCAAAAUGGCUUAGGAAACUGAUUUUGGAGUUUGCCUCUAGUCCCCUAAAAAUGAAACAUGACAUAGAACACCUUGCUAAAGUUAUCACACUUACCGAAGAAAAAGAAGGUCUUUAUACGUGCACAAAACACGGAAAAGAUAAAAAACAAAACGGUACAAUCGGUUCAAUUGCUGCUCAAAGAGAAAAACACCCUCGUUCUCUCUAUGACGUUGGACGUGUACGUCAUCGACGUUAUACGAAAAACGAUAUUGAUACCGUAGAACCACUAGAGCUCCAAAACGAAGAUGAAGGAACGUGGCUAAGGGAGGAAGAAAUAAUUCCAGAAAAUGCUCCACCCCAACCGGAAGUCUCUGACAAGUCUCCCGAAUGCGAAAACAAUAACCAUUUUCCGCGCCAGAUCUCAGUCAAAACAGAAAACGAAAAAAACAUCGAUUUUGAAUGUAAACAAAAUGACGAAAAAUGGCCGUGUGCUGUGUAUCAGGCACUAUUAUCACGGAAGAUUGUCGUGGCAGAAUGGCAGCGGAUAGCAUGUGUUAUUGAUCGAUUUCUGUUCUGGAUUUAUUUCAUAUCCACCAUCGUUGCUUACAUUGUUAUUCUAGUUAUUAUACCUGGUCAGCGACAAGAUGCACGCGAAGAAGCUUACCGAGCGCGUGGAAGCUCAGUUUUUAACUCAUCAUUUACAUGAAUAUGAAAAAUUUACUAUUCAAAGUUCGGCUGAUAAAUUCCUGAAUGCCAUAAACGCAUGAAAUCACUUCCAUACAUAUCUCUCCCAAACAUACGAUCCCCGUGAAUAUGAAACAAAUCAGAAUCUCAUAUUUAGUUAAAUAUCUUCAUAAGCCCAAAUAUCCAUACAGAACAUGUGAUAUGCUCUCAAAGAUUAUGAUAUGCCUGAGAUCUGUAUAUAUAUAUAUAUAUAUAUAGACAUACUCACACACACACACACA